UUUAAUUUCAAGGAUAGUGGUGAGAGAUUUUGGAAGCAAAGUCCUCAGUUGCUAGAAGCAGUAGAGCAGACCCUGAUUGUGUUAAUCAAUGAAUACGUCACCAAAUCUCAGUGUGUGGUGUUGAAAAUAAAUUGAAUGAAAUGCUCCUUUGCUUCUUCUACACCCAUCCUUUUUCCUCAUUGAUGGUAUUUACCAAACUGACCUACCAAGCAAAGUUAACAAAACAUGCUUCCUCUGUUUAUUUGUGGUGCGUGGCAUGAAUGCCAUCUUGCUUGCAUGCCACCCUUCUUCUGCUAUGCGCUUUUAAGUUUCCGUCUCGUUAUAAGUGUCCACCACUGCGACCGUUAAAGCCACACUCAGAAUCUUAAAUUUGAAUAUUUUAAUGUCUUCUCCUAAGAACUCAUCACAACAUGAAGCUGAAGCCAUUCCAGUUUUUGAAGCUAUUAGGAGGGCUAAGCGCUUAAGGUUGUUUGAGCCGUCUCUGGGUGUUCUUGGGUUUGUUGUUGUAACUGUCUUUGUGAUUUGCUGCUUCUUCUAUUCGGAUAACGGAUACUUUGCUUCAAGAAUCGGGUUCUUGGAGCAACCACAGAGGUUUGCUUGGUUGUGGAUAAAAGGGUCUACAGAACCACCCAGAGUUGAGUUUCUUGGAGAAAAGGGUGGUGGGUGUGAUUUCUUUGAUGGGGAAUGGGUUUGGGAUGAGAGUUACCCUUUGUAUCAAUCAAAAGAUUGCAGCUUUCUGGAUGAAGGUUUUCGGUGUUCUGAGAAUGGACGACGUGAUUUGUUUUACACCAAGUGGAGGUGGCAGCCCAAAGGUUGCAACUUGCCCAGAUUCAAUGCAACAUUGAUGUUGGAAAAACUACGAAACAAACGCAUAGUGUUUGCUGGGGACUCAAUUGGGAGAAACCAAUGGGAAUCACUCUUAUGCAUGCUCUCUUCUGGAGUUCCUAACAAGCAAUCAAUCUACGAAGUGAACGGAUGCCCAAUUACAAAGCACAAGGGGUUCUUGGUGUUCAAAUUCAAGGAUUUUAAUUGUUCAGUGGAAUACUAUAGAGCUCCAUUUCUUGUAUUGCAGAGCCGGCCUCCUACUGGAGCUCCUGAAAAUAUUAGGACAACUCUGAAAGUGGAUACAAUGGAUUGGAACUCUGAGAAGUGGAGAGAUGCAGAUAUCCUGGUUCUUAACACAGGGCACUGGUGGAAUUAUGAAAAAACAAUAAGAGGGGGUUGUUAUUUCCAAGAAGGAAUGGAAGUUAAGUUGGAAAUGCAGGUAGAAGAUGCUUACAAACAGUCCAUUCAAACAGUGUUGAACUGGAUACAAAAUACGGUAAAUCCUAUCAAGACGCGGGUUUUCUUUCGUACUUUAGCCCCAGUACACUUCAGAGGUGGGGAUUGGAAAAACGGUGGAAACUGUCAUUUGGAAACACUACCAGAGCUUGGCUCUUCAUUGGUGCCUAAUGACAACUGGUCGCAAUUCAAAAUAGCCAAUGUUGUCUUAUCUGCUGCACACGCAAAUAUUUCUGAAACAAAGAAGUUCGUUGUGUUGAAUGUAACCCAGAUGACUGCUCAUAGAAAAGAUGGGCACUCGUCUAUCUAUUAUCUCGGUCGUAGUGCGGGCCCUGUGCAUCAUCGUCGCCAAGAUUGCAGCCAUUGGUGUCUGCCUGGUGUACCUGAUACAUGGAAUGAGCUGCUUUAUGCACUGUUGCUUAAACAUGAAACUGCUCACAGAGGGAACUUGUAACAUGCAUCAGUAUGAUUUACUGAGAAAUUCUUCUAAUUGUGUUGUCUGGAUUCAUCAUUCAUGGAGCUUUUUGGGCAGGAAUACACCAAAUCUUUCCUAGAAAAGUGUUACACAGAACAACAGGAGACAUUUUACAUCAGAGAUCUGCUGACAGGGACAAAGGUAUCAUCAUAUUUUAUUGCUGCCAAUCACCAGUGACUGUGAGAACUAUGUGUCUUCAGAAGAGACUCAACGUUCUGGGGACAAUAACAUGGACUUCGUUUUGAAAUAUAAAGCUGCUUGCAGCAAGAAACCAUUAGUUUCUCACUUUUGGUUAUCUUGUGACUAGAUGAGGGAAGGAACAACUGUAAUUAUCAAAUUCUUUUGUAAGGUAAUAUGAACACAUUUUUUUAUACAAAAUCAAAGAUUAGUUAAGGAAAAUGCUAAGUUCAAUCUUGUUCCCGUGAAUUUUUAAAAAUGUAACUUUUAU